AUGUCGUUUUCACCCUCCCGCCACCCAAACCUCAACAAUUUCAUCAGAUCUCUCCUGCUCAGUGAAGAACAGCUUGUCGCGUUCCAGACUGCUCUGGCAGAUGAUCAGGCGUUACAGCCUUCAAUUACACCUACGGCCACCUCCCGCCAGGAUUUCGACCGACUGGAGCAAGAAGUGAAACACCUGACUACUACCUUACGCGUAUCGAACAAGGCGCCCGUAACGACAUCCCAUCAACGGUCCUACGAAAUCAAGUUCGCCCUUAGCCAUGGUGCCCGAGCUACCAUCGAUGACAAGACGAACGCGGAGAUUGUACAAAAGAUCUCCUCUAAGGGAGCCCCAUUCAACCAGGUUGUAGCCUGCCGCCUGGAACGAACGGCGCUGGUGCUCAUGGUCACAAACCCAGAAGCCGAGGCCGCUUUGCACCUUCAGCAACAUAUGAUUGGACCCAUGCUCGAGGUGCCUAAGGAGGACUGCACUUUGCUGGCACAAAGCUAUCAAGUCCAAAUCGUCAAUCUUGGAUCCCGAGCGAAAGUCCAGUUCAAGCAACCAAUGGACUUCAUCACAGCUUGGGGCAGACGCAAUCGAGUCAUUAUCAAGGACGCCAGGUGGACAUACAAGAAGCUCAUAUGGACGCUUGAUCGCUUGGGCGAUGCGCAAAAACUCGUCCAUGCGAAAGGGGUGGUUCUUAGCGGUCACAUGGCGUAUGCUAAGGCGUACGACAAGCGCUCGUCACCGAAACAAUGCUUUACCUGCGGGCGAGCUAUCAACGAGAGCCGCAAGCAUGCCGAACGAAAGGUGUUCUGGGAGUUCUUCCCUCUCGUCGAUGAUGACCCUACAGUCGACACCUUGCCAAAGGUUUCGAAAGGUGACGCGCAAGAGCUCUCGCUCGCUUCUGUCGCAGAACCGGACGUAUCGAGAGCAGAGACGUCUAUUCAGUAUGAUACUGAACUGGAUAGCCAACUCCCAUUCCCAGAUUCUCAGGAGUCAUUCGAGCUGUCCAACGAAGGCGACAUGGAUAUGGAUGAAUAUCUAUCACAAGACGUGGCAUCGGAUCUGGAGUUCAUCGCAAGCCUCCACGCAAGAAGAGUCACCGAAAGCCGCGGCUACCCCAAAGGCUUCUGCCACACCUUCAAAGGCAUUCUCGCAGCCGCCCACUCGUAUCCCAGCGCCGGCUUCUACAAUCACGCGUUCAACACCGCAGUCGUCUGGAAGUGA